AUUUCACGCUGCCAGAGUGAAGCACUGGGGAGACGAAUGGUAUCCAGUGCAAAGGAGAAGACGGGCAGUAUCACAAGCUUUCUUUGAGAGGCAGCGAAGACCACUGAGAGUAUGGCUAUGUCAAGCAGUUCUAAUCAGCGGCGAAGUGUCAAGCCGGACCGCAAGCCUCCCUAUCCUCACCAUUAUGGCCACCCGGUUGCUUGUCGUUUGUGAUCGCAACAGCACCCUCAAGAUGAGGUGGCUGUCCCACAGUCUGCCUUGGCGACGGAUGUCGAGCAGAGGACACGCUUAUGCUGCUCUCUACACCCACACAUCCCGUGCCGUCGGACCAGUAGAUGCUGCUGUAGUACUCUCUAGGCCGAUGGAGUUUGGCCCAACUUCCCUGCCCCUGGCAUUAACGGCGGAAGCCUGCAGUGCCGAGCGCUUCAUUGUCCCUUCCCGCAAACUCUCACUGGCGGAUAUGAAUGCAAGCGCCUGUGGCCUGAGGUGAGUCCCGACCUGUGCGGUACCACGACUGACCGUGGAAGCACCUUCCGUUGGCUGCAGCGGACUUGGUCCAUAUCCGUAGGCCAGCGCUUCAGACUUGCUUCCAAUGCGAACCGAGGCAAGCCAGCGAUGAAUACGUGCACCCUGUGUUGCGCGAG